AUGCGACGUCUACUACUGCUGCUGGCUGCAGGCUCAUUGUGCUGGACUCCGUGGGUUGUCGAUGGAGAUGCGGCCACGACGACGACCGAGCAGGUUCCGAUGAAGCGGCGGCUACUUGAUUCGACGGCCAAGAAGCCUUCGCCGAGAGAUCCAUUUAUGUUUGAUAAUCACAUGGUUGGUGACGUGUCAGUUCGGAGCCACCCUGUGUACGGCUCUGCGUCGCUGUCUGUUAGGUCAGGGAAGAUCUACAGAAACAUUGACAGUGUGGGCAGCUCCGGUGCGGCAGUGGGGGCCAUGAGCGUUCCUACCAGCAAUGACCUCAGAGCGUAUGUGAAUGUGGGAGACGUCGUGUUUUUCAGCCAAAUGGAUGCGCGAACUGUUGUUGGUGUGAGCAGUACCGCCAUCUCUAUUGAUGAAGGCUUGCAGCACCGUUUGCUGGGUGGAGAAAGUAUUGAAGUCCGAAAGAGAGUGUUCUCUACGAUUGAGGACACGUCGUUGCAGACUGUGGUAAACUCGCGUGGGAUCCAGUUGUACUCGCACGAUGACACGGUAGAUGUAUCGUCGGUACACAAGGUGCUACAGAUUCGCCACUUUGCCGAUGCUAGCUCAGCCACAGCGCGUUUCCUGCCGGGGAAUGUAUCUGUCAAGCACGGCAGUGAUGUCGUCGAAACGCUAGUGGACCUGUCGAAAGAACUAUCCGGGAGCAUGUUUGUGCGUCUUGCAGGUGGCUCCUACCUGAUUGACCCUGUGCGCCCAGUGACAUCGACGCAGUUCUAUAUCGACCGCCCAUUUGCAGGCUCGUCUCAUGAUGAUUUACCCGUAUCAGUGGAUGGGAUUGGCUCGGGUAUACUGCUGGAAGUACGAGGCACGAAUGUUAGCACUGGUGCGAGUAUUGAUGUCAUCGCCACGAAGGUGGGGGAAGUCGUUGCAACAGAUAUUGUACUGUCGACAACUUCGGAUGGUGUAUCUGCGGGUCGAGUGCAGAUUAACCAGACUGGUAUCCAGUUUCUCGGUGACACAAGCAUCAUAUCAUCCGAAGUAGCUUCUAUCAGUCUCCAACCAGCGAAAGAACUGACAUUGGUUUCAGGUUCACUCGACAACAAACCUGGCUCGAUCGUAGCUAUCCGCUCGGGGGCAUCGAAUUGGCAACGGGGAGGAGAUAUAAACAUGGAAACUGGACAAAGCAAGCAAGGUACUACUUCAGGGUCGCUGCGACUACACUCGUCAGAUGGUGUUGCUACUCACGCUUCGUCUGGAUCAGUUGAUAUCGGUUCUGGUGCCGGAAGCGCUGGUCCUUCAGGGGCUAUUACUCUUUCUAGCGGUGCGGCCAAAAAUGGUGAAUCAGGGCACAUUCAUCUUUCCACAGGCUCAGCUGAUGGGGCAUGCUCAGGAGACAUAACACUUGAGACUUCGCCGUCGACGGGGGGAAGUGGUGGCUCUAUUCUAGUUGCUGUUGGGGCAGGAGAUGUCGGAACAGGAGGAAAUGCUCACAUUUCGGCUGGUUCAACUUCAGAUAUAGGAUCACACGGGGGAUCUCUGCUACUUGAUGCUGGUUCAUCUCCUCAUAUAGGCGGCGAUAUCAAAGUGGCAGCAGGUGCGAGCUCAGUAGCCACUGGAACGGGUGGUGCAGUGUCCGUAGCCGGCGGCGGUGCAUCUACAGGAGGUGGCGUUAGCAUUGCCGGAGGUGCUGGCACUGGCGGUGGUGUUAGUAUUACUGGAGGAGGCGGUUCUUCAUCAAGCACAGGUGGUGCUGUGUCUGUAGUCGGCGGCGGUGGAACGACAGGAGCGGAUGUGACCAUUACCGGAGGUGCUGGCAAUAGUAGUUCGGCCAGUGGCGGUGGUGUUCGGAUCGGUAGUGGCACCAAUGAAGGCGGUAACAGCGGAUCUGUCAUGAUCCAGUCUGCUACUGCCAAGACCAAUUCCAAUACGGGCAAUCUCGAAUUUGUAAGUGGCGUGAGUACCGGUACCGGCAACAGCGGCAAGAUUUCACUCUCCACAGGUACAGCUAGCGGUGGCACGUCGGGCAAUUUCGAGGUUACUGUUGGUAAUUCUGGGCUCGAAGGAGGAACUGGUGGUGAAAUCAAACUGAAAGCCGGGACGACUGCUGCCACCAAUGGUGCGGGCGGGUCUAUCGUUGCGACUCCUGGUGCUGGAUCGACCGACGCAACGCAUGGAGCCUUCCGAGUGGAGUUCCCGAGUGGAACACCUCUCCUGUCGUUGGCGAAGAAUACGUUUAAGGUUGAUAAUGUGCUGACCAUGAGUCUGAACUCGAAGUCGAACGUGGAUGUCAAGGCGACAGACACUGUGACGUUAACAGGAAAGUUCGUGAAUGUUGCUGGUGGACCUCUUACCGUUCAACACGAUAACUUUGCUGUUACCAGUGCGACUGGGACUGUGCUGGAGGUUUCUGUUAGCAGCGGAGAGACGAGCUUGUUAGGACCACUCAAUUUACGAAGCGAGGAGGCAAGUAUUAAGCACACAGGCGCCACUUCUUUGACGAUUUCAACACCAAAGCUGCUUGUGCCUGCCCCUAUCGUUACUUUGUCGGGAGCCCAAGUAAGCUUUUCUGGACAGCGUGUUGAGUUCUCGUCCGCCACGACAGUAGCUUUCUCAGGACCCAGUGUAGGCUUCUCCGACAGCACGAAAGUCUCAAUGGCGAGUACUGACUUUUUGAGCGCUCCUGCCGGCUCAUCAACGCCAACAACCGUUGGCUUCUCUUCAGAUCAAGUGAAUUUCAAAGGAGCUGCAGUUGAUUUCUUGAGUGCAACAGAGGUCUCCUUUUCGGGAUUGAAAACGAAUUUCAAAGGCGCCGCUGUUGAUUUUUCUGGCGUCUCCUCUCAAGUGACGCUGCCCAGCAAGACGCUUAGCAUUGCCAGUAGUGAAACAUCACCGGCAUACGACACCGUGUGCAAGGCGGGUGAUCUAUGGUUCGAUAAGACAAAACUUUAUCUUUGCGCCGGCGCCACACCAAGUUGGUAUUCAGUCGAAAUGACCAAGCUCACGAGCCCGACGCCAACUCCGACACCGAGUUAA